GUGUGGUGGUGCUGGUGGUGGAGCAUUUUAUACCCACAACUUCAUACCGUGCCGUGCAAUGUUGACCGUACCAAUCCGGAUCGCUCGGUUACGUGAACGUCGUAUCUCGGUGCUGGCGAGUUGGUGCAGUGUGUCGUUGUUGUUGUUGGUGGUGGUGCAGUUGCAACUAGCGAAAUGCGCCCAGGAGCGUACGGGCUCGGUGGAUGCUGCGCGUUUGUCACCAUUUCCGGGCUCUAAUAUUCCCCCGUUGGAUGGUGGUAAGCAUACUUAUGCAACGCAUAACACGCAAUCGCCACCACCGGGCAGGGAUUCGACGGCAGCAGACGACCACAAAGCUGCAGCUCGUCCCUAUAGCCAUGGUAACGAGCGGAUAAAUCAGCGAGAAUCGGCGCUCGAUCGGCUCGAUCCGAACCAGGCCGAUCUGGCACUGCCAAACUACGAAACAUCCUCGGUACGCACCGGAGCAGGGUCGCCACCCGUCUACAAAUACACGGACAAUGUUUUCCGAGUGCCGAAACGGAAAGCAAAAAUCUCACAUCCGGCAGACACGGCGGGUACGGUGCCCCGUAAGUCACACACAAACCGGUCCGUGGGAUCUGGUCGAUCGGUAGUGCAUCAUGGCGAUGCAUCGUGGUCAGCUUCCUCGUCGGCAUCGGUAGCGUAUGUGCCCGGUAAUGGGGCGGCCGUGAUCGAUCGACGUGCCGAGCUGGUGGGAUUGGGCGAGGAAACCUUGUUCCAGCUGUUCACAAGCCUCUUCGAUCAUGGCAACUGGAAUAUAAUCGAGCUGAAGGGCCGUGUUGGUGAGCAGUGUGCGGCGCAUAUUGGUCUGUACUUGCGCGAUCUCCGUCGACAGCGUGGCUGGGCGUUGAAGGCGAGCGACUCUAGUGGCCGGUACGGUGGUCAGUACUUUUUUGGUAACGAGUUCUGGAUGGGUUCACUGACGUUCUGUGACGAGGUGAAUCGUGUGCUACGGCUCACUCCAAUGCCACCGGGAGCACGGCAGCUUGAGAUGCGAUUUUUCGUGGCAAAAAUAUCUGUCCAACUGGAACGAUUGCUCUCCACCCAGUCCAGCUCGAUCCUGCUGGGACAGUGCUUGCCCAAGUCGUGCACGAUAGACGACAUCACCGAGCUGCUGCGUAGUGAUCCGGCAUUGAAUCUGCUUAACAAUAGCACGCUGAACGUGGUCGUUGCGUCCACCCCGUUACCGAACGGGAGCCCGGCCAGUGCGCUCACUGUCCUGCAUGUGCGACCCGUCCCCGGCAGCUACAAUUUGUGGAGCGAUCCGAAAGUGUUUGCACUGUUCACGGUCCUGACGGUGCUGAGCGCGGUCAUAGCGUACGCAUCCUGCGGCACGGAAAGCUCGAAACCGAAAGCAAGAGGAGGUUGGUCGAAGAAAGUGCUCGACCCGUCCAGAGUAGAGGCGGAUGGGCAUCACAUCAAGCGGGAGCAUGGUGUGGGCGAUGGCGGCCGGAAGGGUGAUACGCUCGAGAUGCACAAAAUCAAUGUGGAAAGUAACAACAAUGUGUCGGGUGGUGGUAAUGGGCAGCAGUCGCCGGCCGCGGAUGGAUUGUACAGCAAGGAGCGCAAGGAAACACGCUUCUCACUGCACCGCAUCCUGGCCUGUUUCGAUGUGGGACCGAAUGCGGCAUCGAUCCUGUCGGUGGAACGUGCCGGCGAGGAUUCGCUGACGUGUGUGCAUGGUUUGCGGCUCUACUCCCUGCUCUGGACAGUGCUAGUCCAUACGUACCUGCAGUUGUUUGCAGUGUCCGAGAAUCGGUUCGGACGCAAAAUUGCAGAACGUUCCUUCCUGUAUCAGCUCGUCGGCAACGCAACCUUUUCCGUCGAUACGUUCUUUUUCAUCAGCGGUCUAUUGAUCGUGUACCUGUACAUGAAAUCGGUGACCAAAUCGGGCCAACCGGCCUCAAAAACCUUACCAACCGAGGAAUCGAAUGGUACCGCUACCAGCGGCAAUCGAGAGUCUCCGGCAAGCCGCAAUACAACCCUCGGUGGAGCGUCCCGUAAAGUUGGCCUUUCGAUCUUAUACCGUUACCUGCGGCUAACUCCUGUCUACUGGUUUACGAUAGUGACGAACGAAAUCAUCCUAAAGUGGACGUACGAUCGAUCCGUAUUCACGCCGGGCAUCAUCGAUCACAUUACGUGCGAUCGGUUCUGGUGGCGCAACAUUCUCUACGUCAACAACUGGUUCCCGUUUACCGAGAUGUGUAUGAUCUGGUCCUGGUAUCUGGCGAACGAUAUGCAGUUCUACGUCAUUGCGAUCGUGCUACUCAUGGUAUCCUCCAGAAAUUUCCGUCUCGCCGUUGGGCUGCUGUUCCUGUGUUUGGGCGGUUCGUGGCUACUGUCGAUCUACUUUUCGCUGCACUAUCGCUACACGUACAAGGUGGCCGAUCCGUUCGAAUCAUUCGACAUACUGUAUGAUAAGCCGUGGCAACGCAUUGGGCCAUACAUCGUCGGUAUGAUAACGGGCUACAUAUUGUACCGUCGUCCAAAUGCGCCGAGAAUUGUACCACCGUUGAGGCUUCUGCUGUGGACCAUUUCAACGGGUAUAUUGAUUGCGCUGAUUUUUGGCGUUUGGAACGGUGAACUAAGCGUACACUGGACGGCUUGGUAUGUGAGCGUUGGGCACACGGCCUGGGGAUUGGCGCUGAUGUGGAUAACGCUGUCCUGCUGCUGGGGCUACUCGGACUUUGUCAAUGGGCUUCUGUCGUACAGGGGGUUCUUCCCGCUGAGCCGACUCGCCUACUGUACCUACCUGAUCCAUCCGGUCGUCAUGAUGGCUACCUCGUUCCAGCUCGAAGCUCCAAUGCACCUGCAGCACGUCAUCAUCAUCACGGCCUUCUUCGGUAAUGCGGUCAUCUCGUUCCUGAUCGCGUUCGGAAUGUCACUAAUGUUUGAAGCGCCAGUCAUUAAGCUGCUGAAGCUGUUCUUCCAGCGGGCACAGUGAAAAACAA